GGAGGACUACAUUUCCCACAAGGCGUUAAAAAAAGAAACGAAAGCGCCGGCGAGUUGCUCCGCUGUGCUCCUUCACGCUGAGAGAAGCCGAGUAGUUGUUUUUGACGGAGUUGGGAUCAUCAUUUAUUGUCUAUAUAAGAAGAUCAAGCAACCAUUCCAUUAGUGAAAAUUAACUGAAGAGUAUUUGAUAUAAUUCAAGGAAAAUAUAUUAAAAUAUUUUUCAGUAGAACCUCUUUCCAUCUUGAUAGAUGUUAGCUAGUGCUAUGUUUUGGACAAAAAGCAGACCAAGAAAGAUGUUUUUCAUAAAAAGCAAUGUAACCUUGAAGAAAGAAGAAUGUGCAGUGCUUAAGGUAUUUUCAUCUCCUGGUUUCUGGAAUUUGAAUUCAUAUUUGUUUCAGUGGUUCAGUAGUAUACUAAGAAUGACAGCUAAUUUUUAUUAAUUGAUCACACUGCAUAUAUAUUUGAGAUGCAAAAAGCAUAUUAUGGAAAGUUUGGGAUAAUUUCUGACUGCUUUCCUACGAUUGGUAAUAAUUGGACCAUGAAGGUAACUGGAUUUAUUUCCUUAUGGGUGUUGGCUUCAUUGUUUUGCUGUCAACUAAUAACACCUGUGGAACAUGAGGAUAUAGUGAAACAUGCAAUAAAACUGCAUCGUGGUAGAGGAGUUGCUGCUACACAGAGGAAACAAUGGCUUGUAGAAAACUGCAGAAAGCUAUCUGGACUCCUGCGUCAAAAGAAUGUGGUUCUCAACAAACUAAAAAGUGCAAUAAGAGCAGUAGAAAAGGACUCGGGACUGUCACUUGCAGAAAGAACUUUUCAAGUCCACACAUUUGAAAUUUUUCAAAAGGAGCUGAAUGAAAGUGAAAACUCUGUAUUUCAAGCAAUCUACGGACUCCAAAGAGCUUUACAAGGUGAUUAUAAAGAUGUUGUGAACAUGAAGGAAAGUAGUCGGCAGAGAUUGGAAGCUUUGAGGGAAGCAGCAAUAAAGGAAGAAACGGAAUAUGUUGAACUUCUAGCAGCAGAGAAACACCAGGCUGAAGCCCUGAAAAACAUGCAGCAUCAAAAUAAAAGUUUAUCCAUUCUUGAUGAGAUUCUUGAAGAUGUAAGAAAAGCAGCUGAUAGGCUUGAAGAGGAAAUAGGAGAGCAUGCCUUUGAUGACAACAAGUCAGUGAGGGGAGUGAAUUUUGAAGCUGUUUUAAGAGUAGAAGAAGAUGAAGCAGAUACUAAAAGAAAUAUUUCAAAACGGGUAGUAGAAGAUGAUUUGGGUCUAAGCAUGCUUAUUGAUUCCCAAAACAAUCAGUACAUACUUACUAAGCCCAGAGACUCUACCAUUCCACGUGCGGAUCAUCAUUUUAUAAAGGAUAUUGUCACCAUAGGAAUGCUAUCUUUGCCUUGUGGAUGGUUAUGUACAACAAUAGGAUUACCAACUAUGUUUGGAUACAUUAUUUGUGGAGUACUCUUAGGACCAUCAGGAUUAAACAGCAUUAAGUCAAUUGUGCAAGUAGAGACAUUGGGAGAAUUUGGUGUGUUCUACACACUGUUCCUCGUUGGCUUGGAGUUUUCCCCGGAAAGAUUAAGAAAGGUGUGGAAGAUAUCAUUGCAAGGACCCUGUUACAUGACAUUCCUGAUGAUUGCAUUUGGCUUACUGUGGGGACACUUGCUACAAAUUAGAGCAACACAGAGCGUUUUCAUUGCUACUUGUUUAUCAUUAUCAAGCACACCAUUGGUAUCCAGAUUCCUUGCAGGGAGUGCUCGGGGAGAUAAAGAAGGAGAUAUUGAUUACAGCAGUGUUCUGCUUGCUAUGUUGGUUAUGCAGGAUGUACAGCUUGGCUUGUUUAUAGCUGUUAUGCCAACUCUUAUUCAAGCGGGUGUUGGCACACAUUCCAGCACCAUCAAGGAAAUACUGAGAAUAUUGAUGCUGAUUGGACAAAUUCUCUUUUCUUUGGCUGCUGCCUUGCUUAUAUGUCUUGUUUUAAAGACUUAUCUAAUAGGACCAUACUACCGCAAGUUGCAUACGGAAAGCAAAGGAAAUAAGGAAAUUCUAGUUCUGGGAAUAUCUGCUUUUAUGUUCCUUAUGUUAACGAUCACAGAGCUAUUGGAUGUUUCAAUGGAAUUGGGAUGUUUUCUAGCAGGAGCACUUAUAUCUUCUCAGGGUCAUAUGGUUACUGAAGAAAUUAUGUCCUGUAUUGAACCAAUACGUGACUUUCUUGCCAUCAUAUUCUUUGCAUCUAUAGGUCUUCAUGUUUUCCCUACAUUUGUAAUAUAUGAACUCACAGUCUUGCUGUUCCUUACAUUUUCAGUGGUAAUAAUGAAGUUUUUCCUGGCAGUGCUUGUCCUUUCUAUGAUUCUUCCAAAGAGCAGUCAGUACAUCAAAUGGAUUGUAUCUGCAGGCUUGGCUCAAGUCAGUGAAUUUUCCUUUGUCUUGGGAAGCAGAGCGCGCAGAGCGGGUAUAAUUUCUCGAGAGGUAAGCUAUGACAUCAUAAAGCCAUAUCAUGGAGAGCCAGGCUGGUGGUGUGGCACCAGACUUAGGGGUGAGGAGAGACCACAGUUCAAAUCUCCACACAGCCAUAAAGCCAUUUCACACUUUGAAGCAUGUAAUAAAACCAUAUGGUAAAAUGGUCAACUUAAGGGAUGUUGAGACUGGGUGCUAUAUACGCAGUUGUCGGUAGUUUCUUUAAGCUUUUCCCCCUUUUUAAACAGAAACAGCUUUGGAGUCUUAAUGCUUCAUUAGUAGAAGAAAGGGAGGGGGAAGAGCUGGUUAACGUUUUGCCUCCAUUCUAUUUCCUUUUCAAACCCACCCAGCUGUUUCCCCCCUUGCAAAAUAGUGGCCUGCAUUCCCCACUCAUGGGUAGAAACAAAAACUUCAGAAGGGAGAAGAGAUUCUAGCUCCUGCAUUUGUUUUACCUUGCAACCUCCCAAGGCGGUUUGGGGGUUCAUUCGUCUUUAAUGGGAAAUUUGCACAAAAGUUGCAUUAGGCCAUGUCAAAUACAUGUAUUCCAAAAGCUGGACUCCACCAGCCUCAACUUCUAGUAGCAUUUUAGCUGUAGAUUGACAAAUAUUAAAGGGCGUGUUGGAUGGGUAAUAAAGGAAUAAGGAGGUGUGGCUUGCCAUAAAAUGCUGCUUGUUGCAUAUUGAGCUUGGUUGUGCUAUCUUCCAAGUCCUGGUAAUAGAGCAAUAAUGACAAUCCUUUUAAGCAUUGUGUGGUGAUCUACUUGUGGGGUUGAAUAAGUAUCUGCUGCAUAAGUGGAGUGGUAGGUUACGUUGUCUA